CCGAGAUGUCGCUGCAAGUCCGCUGGGAUAAAAGUGGAGUCCUGUUUUGAAGGAGAGGACGGGAGGAAAGAUCCAGUGACCGAGAACCUGGAGAACCUGGAGAACCUGGAGGACUUGGAGAACCUGGAAGGUUCCGUUCAGGCCGCCCGAUGUCUUCUCAGACCUUCUGUGGCGACUCCUUCUCGCCCCUGGCGGCCGACCUGUCUCUGCCCGUCUUCAUGCACCACACUCCAUGCCCGGCCAGCGACGGCCUGGCCAGCACCUCCCACGGACACAGCAUGGUGUCUGCAGUGUCUUCUGGGCUUUCUCUCAGUCAGUCUGCCAAACGUCCUCAGAUGCAACUGGCCUCCUCGUCCUUGGCAAACAGUCUUGGCUCCGCCCCCCCCAGCCUGCACUACCCCGUCACGCCCUGUCACUACGGCAACCAGCAGACCGCCUACGGUAUCAUGGCAGCUCAGGAGAUGUUAUCGGCGAGUAUCUCCCAGACGUGCAUCCUGCAAACAUGCGGCGUUCCUCCGCCCAACAUGGUGAGCGCCGCAAACCCGCUGCAAGGAUCCCUGACCCCCUGCCUGUACAAGUUCUCAGACCCGGGUCUGAACAGCGGCUCCUGCGCUUUGAGUCACGGUUUCCCCCCUCUAUCCUCCGCCCUCCUCGUGAGCGACGAGGGCCCCGGGCCCCCCGCUGUGUGCGAGAUGAGGGCCAACGUGCAGCGGAAGAGCAUUCGGGAGCUGGAGGACACGCCCGCCAUGGACUCCCCGCAGAUCCAGGAGCUGGAGAUGUUUGCCAACGACUUCAAAAUACGCAGGAUCAAACUUGGCUACACUCAGACUAACGUGGGCGAGGCUCUCGCUGCUGUGCACGGCUCUGAGUUCAGCCAGACCACAAUCUGCCGCUUCGAGAACCUGCAGCUGAGCUUCAAGAACGCCUGCAAACUGAAGGCCAUCCUGGCCAAGUGGUUGGACGAAGCUGAGCUGGCUCGCGCCCUGAACAGCGACAAGAUUGGACUAAAUGAGCGCAAAAGGAAAAGGAGAACGACCAUCAGCCUUGGCGCGAAGGAGGCCCUGGAGCACAGCUUUGUGGAAAAAAGCAAGCCUUCUUCCCAGGAGAUCGCCCGCAUCGCUAAAGGCCUCCAUCUGGAGAAGGAGGUGGUCCGAGUCUGGUUCUGCAACCGGCGCCAGAGGGAGAAGCGAGUCAAAACCAGUCUGAGCUCCUGCUUCGCCAAAAUGAGCUCAAACUGUAUAGCCCACGUCAAUAAAACACGGCAGAUGACUUAAAAGCUAUUUAAACACAGCAACUCCUUUUAUAUAAAUUAUUUUAAAUAUUUAUUUUAAUUCAACGGCGGUUCUGGUUUCAAUGGCUUGUGCGACACAAGCUUGCGACAAUUUGUUGACGUGAGCGAGAAGUAAGAAGGACGUCUUUAGGAUACAGAAUAAAUAUUCCUCUUUUUCUGCCUCAUCCUGAAAGAGAAUUUUGCCUAUCAUUUACAAUCUUUAUGUAAGACAAGAAUAUUUGUAUUUCUUAUUUUAUGCUUCAUGCGUAAAU